UCCAGUGACUGUUUUGCUUGUUACCUUAGAGUUCUCUAAUUCUUUUACCUUAAACGGCAGUGGGUUAAAACGUUUUAGGUACCUUGACUGAUUGGUAUGGAAAAUAUUGUUUGGUCCUGGGGGCGAUUUGGUGUCUCCGAAAUAUGCACGAGGUGCUUGCCUGGCCUAGUUGUAAGGGUUCAAUCCUGCUUUCAAAUGGAGCAAUUGUUUUAAACGAUUCAAAGGAGACUUUGUGCCCCUGUUUUCUAAGUUCUGGAUAAUUCACCAUGGUUUGUUCCAAUUUGUAUUUCAUCUUCUUAGCUGGUAUUUGCUUUCUCACCUCUGAUCUCGAUUUCCUAAUCUUCUGUUCUGAGAUCUGCUAGUUUGCUGUUGUCUGUGCUCCCUUUGAGUCAGGCUUACCCCUUGUUUCUGGUUGGUUUCGUACUGUCACCCUCACCCUGCUCGCCUAGCCCCUCUCUUCUGCUUUCUAAGCAUUCUCUUACCUCCUUUCGAUGGGAAAUCAAAACUCACACUUUUUCUUUUUUAUAAAUGUUGACCGUUACUCAUAAAUGUGCCUGUCCCACAAUCUGUAUAGGAUUUUAAGGAAACAGAGCAGCAGCUACAACAAAAUGGGGAGAAGAAAUGAGAACUGUGCUAACAGCCUACGUGUGUCAAACAUCUCUCAGGAGAAUAAAUUGUUACAGUCUUCUACACACCUCCCGCAUUUCCCCCGUGGCGCUCUGCGCAAUGUCUGGAACAGAAAUACUCAGUUGUUAUUAGUACAUCUCCCUUUUGAUUUUUGGCUUUCUUUUGAAUAUUUCCUAAGUGUUUCUCCACACCUGGAAGCCAGAAUGAGUAGUGGGCUGGUUAGUGCGGAAUAUAAGAACUUAUCUCACUGGAAUUUGGAUUCAGAAGUACCUGUUCCUGAAAAUAAAAACCUCCCAGCUGGAAGGGAUAGAGCAGCAGGUGGGAAAAUUAACAAGAAGUACUUGGAAAUUCCAGUGGAGCAGCUGAUGCCAGAACCUAAUUUGUCGGCACAUACUCAAGAAAGUACACAGAAUAGUAAACAAGGGAUCUUUCAAUUAUGGAAUUGUCCUCUUAAUGAAGGAAGUACCAUAGAGAAGAGGGAAUUCAAAAAAUCUUCAGUGGAAACUGGCUUUAAUGUAACCACUAAUCCUAUCAGGGUCUUCACUCUGAGCCACCCAUUCACAAGCACUUCAGCUGAUGAGCAGGUUGGUCCUUACCCUGGACUGCUGGUGCCACUAGGUCUCUGCUGGCCCCAUGCUGAUGGAGACUUUUUCAAGAACAGAAAUGAGAUUCAGUUUAGUUCAUAUUCAACUAUAGAAAACAACGAUGGUGAAACGUUACCUGCUCCAAAUUGGAAUUUGAAACAUGGAAGCAGCAGUGUGGAAGAAAAUUUAACAGAUGAAAGUGACUUAUCAGAAAAUGAGAAAGAAAAUGAUACUUUACUUAGCUCUUUUAAAAAGGUGGACCUGAACUUGAAGCCAGAAACAAUAAAAAAUGUUGAGGAACCUUUCACCGAGGAGCCAAAUGAAGUAUUUCCAUAUCCUGAUUUUCUCCCUCCUGCUUUCAGUACUCUAGACUUGCACAAUUUAGCCCUCUCCAAAUCUGACCAUUGGAAAGCGACACUGGAACCUGCAGAAAGCUCUGUUGAACAGUUGAUAACUCGUUUACUGGAACUAGAACGAUUACAACAUAUGACUAUUCAAAAAGAGAGGCCAAGACUACCAACGACUUUCUGUACUCCAGCAGUUACUGAACGACCCUCUUCCUCCAAAGCUACACCAAAAGCGAGACAGCCAAAACUUUGUGCCUCUUUGAGUCUUCAGAUACCUUGUGUAGAUAAAAGUCAAGAAAAAAGUAAAAACAACUCUGGUUCUUGCAAACUUGAGCAAAAUACUUUAAAAUGGAAUUGGAGCAAUGCUGGCAAAUAUAAAUGGAAUACUAGACCACCGUCUCUAAAAAGUUCUUCCAUCACAAAACAAUUGAUUGAAACUUAUGAUAAGAAUCCCAAAAGUUCUAUUUUAAAUCCAUGCCAAGAACUUUCAUCCAAGCCUACUACUGGCCAAACAACUCAACCACCGGUUAAAAUGGUCUCCACAAGAUGUCUGCCAUCGAGGUCUCCAGUGCCAGUUUCACCUAUACCUCUGUCUUUUCCCGAAAAUCAGAAGGAAGAAAUUAAGGCACCGAAGAGAAACUUUGGGACCAAAAAGAAACUUUAUCGACAAAAUACAGUGUGGAAUAGACCGUUCUCUAUUCAGAAGCUAAACUGUUUGUCACCUUCCCUUAUUGCUAAGGAUAAGUGCUGCUCACCCAUUGAACAAAAAUAACUCUUUUCUUUCACACAUCUCAAUGUGAACAGAUCUAUUCUAAGAAGCCCAACUAAGAUAUGGUUAAUUAUUCCAAGACACAGGUACUAUUAACAAUCCCCCAAAAUCACCAAACGGUUGCUUGAUGUGAUAUGGAGUGGAACUUGUGAAAAGCACUGCUGAGAUGUCUAUAUAUAAACCCACAGGCUUCUAUACUGACAUAUUUGACAAUCUUUUGCAUGUUGUGUUUCAAAUAAAUGGUUCACUUAGUAGACUAUUCUAUUCAAAAGGCUUUUUCAGUGAUUGCUUUCCAGUAUCAUUCCAUCAAUAAAUGGUAUAAUUGACU